AUGGAUGAAGUGCGUCGUGCUAUUAUUGAUUCAUCUGAGACUAUGCUCUCUGAAUUUCCAUACUUCAGAGAUGGAAUAUUAUCUUUCAAAGUUCCUGUAUAUACCAUAUGGGGACAAUGUGAGGAUGUUGUUAUCUUAGAAAAGUUUCGAACGGGUGAAUACAAGAUACCAAAUCUUUUUAUUUUGGACGAGGCCAAUACAUAUUUAAUCGAUACUGGAGGAGUGAGCUUGCGAUUAUUUGGAUUAGGAGGGGCAAUCGUUCAGCAUAAGUUAUUUGAUAAUGGAGAUGGCAAAUCAACCAUUGCUGGAGGAGGUGGUACAAUGUGGACAACCAUGCUGCAAGUAGGAGAGUUGGUGGAGACUGCUCAAAAAGUUUAUGAUAAAACAGAAACUAGAGUUCUUGUUACUCUAGCAAGUCCAGGUCUCGUAGGGCUUGUAGCGCAGUUGGCUCUUGUUUUGCGUGCCGAUUAUACUAUUUCGUCAGGAAUUCAUUUCCGUUACUGCAUAUCGUAUAAUGAAUUUUCCGUUCAGCAUGAUCAUGAACAUUUUCGAAAAAGAUUAGAAGACUCUCAAAAAAGUUUCUAUGAGUUAUGGGAUACUGUUAAAAAUCAAGUGGAAGCUAGUAUCGAACAUUUACUUACUAAUGCGAUUGCUGUUGUCAAUCGUGUUCCUGUGAGUGGACGGGAAGAACCUUCCUACAAGGGCAUGUGGCACUUUAACUUACCCGAUGCUUCUUGUGGCUGGGUAUUGUUGAAUAUAAAAGACGGAAGAGUUUCAGAGGAGACCAAAGCACUCGGUUUCAACUUUGCCUUUCGAAGAAAUGGGUCUUACGCACUUACUAGUCCGUCUUCAAUAGAUGUGCAGGCAAAACGCCAACAAACUCAAUGGCAGUCACCCGCCAUCCCACCUCAGCCAUCGCAAAAUGGAACAACGAUACAAGCGCUGAUGUUGGCCUCACAGAGAUCCACGUCUCCCGUAGCUUCACUAGAUCUCCAUAGUCACUGGAAGCAACCACCAUCCUUCAAUCGAAUGGAACCGCCGUCUCCUACUGAAAUUACGUCGUCAUCACAAAAAGCAGGAAUUUUAGAUCAUGAGAUGGAGCAUACACCAUCAAAAGUAAACGGGAAUGACACUAGUGUUAAUGAAACCAUAAAUGUUAUAAGCAACAAUAAUGAGACCUCAAGUAUCACUAGUUCUGAUUCUAAUAACAUUGAUGGAAAUCAAGAAACUAAGAGUUGGGCCGAUCAAACACAAAACGAAGAUUUGGGAGAAUCUUCGCAAUCCCAAUUUAAUGGUGAUAAUUCAAAUAACAAGGAUGGAUCUGUUAAUAACAAUUCGUCAGUUCAACAGAAUCGUCAGCAGUAUAAUAAUAAUCGCCGUGCCAAUGGGAAAUUUUCCUAUUCGGCAUUUUCUGUUCAGGUUGGAAACCUGACAGUACCUGUAAGUGAAGGUGAAAUCCAAGAUUUUUUCACUUCUGCCGAAUGUCAGGUUGAACGCGUCAAGCUUGUUUUUGACCGAAGUUCAAAAGAUCAACUUGAUCAUUGUUAUGUGGAUUUCCAAGAUGGAACCUCACUUGAGAAAGCAAUGCAAUUAAACGGACAGCCAUUUGGAGCAAACCAAAAUCCACUAAAGAUUCGCAAAGCGGAUCCAGAAAACAGAUCGAAUCGAUGGCGCGGGCGUGGACGUGGACGCGGUGGUUAUAAACACCGUGGCAACGGUCAACAUAAUAAUACUGGGAGUAAUCAUGUGCAGAACGGAAGCUCUCAAUAA